AUGGAUGACGUAUGCCAGAUGUAUGAGCAGGUCAUGAAGAUGGACAUGGGUGGCAGGCAGCAGGUCAAGUAUACGGUGGAGGACCUUUGGUCCUUUGUCGACCGCUUGCGUGACAUUGCCUGCUUGAUCUACGACUCCCAGGGCGGUGAGUACCUGCCACACAAUCGUGAGUGGGUCAAGAACCAGGUCUUGAAGCACCUGAAGGGGCAGCUGACAUGUCUCAGGCAGCCUCCGAGCUCACGCGCUGCACUGCUCAGCGACAGCCGGUGUGCUCUUGGAGACAAAACGGCUCGAUACAAUGAGGUUUUUUUUCCGGUACUAGAACCUAUGAGAGGAGAUGCGGCCUGCACGGAAGCUGCUUUUACUACAAUGCUUGUGCCCCGGGGUCUUUGGAUCGUCAUGGUAUCUUCUGAACACGACAGGACGUGCCUCAUUCAGGGGCAGCUUCGACAAACUGGCAAGGUGGUCGGUCUCCUCGAAGAUGACGGCGCCAAAGCGGAGGCCGUACCUGCUACGCUGGUGCAGCAGACGUCGCAGUCCAGUCUGCAGGCUGACUUCGUGCUUGUUUCCCCGAUGAUUUUCGAGACAUUGUGCGUACCUGCACUGGCACUUGCCAUAGGCAGUGUGCUGCAGCAGUAUCCGGGGACUCAAUCCUCAGGCCUCCUGGUCUCCUUCUUCGGUGCGCAGACAGCGAUGAAUCUUUACAUGAAGCAGGUCUUUUCCAACUUGAGGAUGCCUGGUGGCUUCAAAGGCGUUCCAGCGCCCUUCGCCAUCACAGCCAUCCAGCAGCUGGUUAGCUUCAUAGCACCCGACCUCAGCUUGCAAGCGGCGCGCUGUUUCGGCUACCAGGUGAACUGCCGCCGACUGGAAAGCCGUCGUGAGGUGGGAUGUGUGCUUCUCCUGGCACUAGCUUUUGUUGGAAACAUCGGUCUCAACAACUUGAGCUUGUCCAUCCUGGACAUCUCUGUUCAUCUGAUCAUUCGCACAGCGGGCGCUUUGGUGAACCUAGCUCUGGAGUUUGUGGCGCAGCCAAUUCUCACCAAGUUUACCGGCCACGACGCGAAAUGGCCUCAAGUGAACUGUCGAGACCUGGUCCUCACGAUUGUUGGGACCUUCUUCGCAGGACUCGUGAUAUGCAGCAAGCUUCAGAGCUUUGCUUCGGCAUCCUCAGCUUCGAACUACUACGUGGGCAUUGGAGUGUGCUGCCUGUCCAUGGUCGCAUCCGGCAUUGAGCUCAUAGUUGUGAGGACGCUCAGCUCGCACCUGAAGAUGAAUGCGCUGGAGGCCAUCAUGAACAUGUCCUUGCCAGCGUCGCUCCUCCUUCUGCUGCCAGUCUUCUUCUUCCGACACUCAGUGUCAUGGCCGGUAUCGCCUCAUCUGACAGACUGGGAGGUCAUGAAGGUGGUGUGGCGGACCAGCAAAUUGGGAGUUGCCUUGGGUGUCCUGUCGGGUUUCUUCGCAACGCUUUACAACGUCAUGUUGUACACACUCAGCUCCAGCUUUCAGUCGCACGUGAUUUCGAUGGCUGGCAACUUCAACAAGGUCGCGUUGAUGUUCUUGUCCAUAUACCUGGGCAUGGAGUUGCUACCUGAUCGACCUUGGGGCGAGGUGAUGAUUGCUGGCAUUGCUGGCAAUGGGGUAGCAUUCAUGGUGAUGGGCUACUCGGAGAUUUCAGUGUUUGUGCUGUCCUUCUAG